AUUGUAUUGCAGUGAUUAAUGCUUUAGCUGAAUUAGGGUAUCGUGUUGUUUCUACUACUGGUGAAGCUGAAGUCGUUUGGACAUUGCAAAGAGAACUCUAGCUUGUGAUUCUGCACAGUGUGUUUUGCAUAUUCUUAUUCUAAAGCCAGUACUAAUAAAAUGUCGCAUAAUCAUGAAAAUGGAUGUUGCUACAAGCCAACAACCGCCGCACAAUCAUUGGAUGAAAUGGAUUUUGAACGUGGUAUAUGGAAUGCUGCAUUGUAUAAUGAUUUGGAUCGAGUAAAAGUGCUGUUAAGACAUACCUCGCCAAACAUAAUAGAUAAGUCAGGUUAUACAGCACUGCAUUACGCAGCUCGGAGUGGUCAUUUACUUGUCUGCCAAAUUCUUUUAAGUAAUGGUGCUGAUGUAGAUGCUAAAACAAAAGCUGGAGGAGUGACACCUUUAAUGAGGGCUGUUACAGCCGGGCAUGAAGACGUAGUUAAAAUGUUAAUUGACCAUGGAGCAGAUCUUUCAAUUAUGGACAAUGAUGGUAACAAUUCUAUUCAUAGAGCUGUGCUGAGUGGCCAAAUUUCUAUUGCUACAAUUUUGUUGCAUAAAAGACCAGACCUCCAAAACAUGAAAAAUGGGAAAAAUUUAUCACUAACAGAGAUUGCUCUUAAUAAAGGAAUAAUUUUACCUUCUUGAAAAAAGAAAACGAGAAAAUUAAGUUAAAUCUAUGUAUAGAAAAGUACAAAAUUAUUCAACACAAUUAUUGUCUUAUACAUCUAUUUGAUAUUUUUAAUAACUUGUUCAACAGAUAUC